AUGCUCUCCUACACCAGAGUCACGCCUGUGUUUUGCGACCCGGGAUUGGUAGCGUAUGUGUUUGAGCGCAAGCUGGUGGUUCGACAGUUUCAGGAUGAUGUCAGCGAGUUAAUAUUUGCUCUCGAUCUGCCAGGGCUCUUUGCACAGAGAGUACGAUGCAUUGAAUGGAGACCGCUGCCUGAAAUGGCACCAGAUACAGACACAGCCACAGAUCGCAGUCUGUUGGUGGCUUCCUCAAAUGAGGUGCUUUUCUACAGCGGAGACGGGAUGCUGCUGGGCCAGAUCAAGCCUGAUUUCGGGGUCGCAGCAGUCAAAUGGGUGACUCCAGAGCACAUUUGCAUCAUCUCACCCAACUCUUUAGUAGGAGAUAUCUACUGGAUCGAGCCGACGAAGCAAAUGAUUGGAAUCAACCACGUCAUCCGCAUAAACGGCCCAAAAACUACGCACAUUCACAUUACCACUAUCGACAACUUCCCCGUGGUCAAUCUGCUGACAAGAAUAGGCGUCAAGGACUCUCUUACUCGUGUGACCAUUCGCUCGGCUCUCGAAGUUACAGUCGACGCCUCCUCGACGUUUCUAUUCGACACUCCCGCAGAUAUGUUCAAGUGUCACAAUGGCCUCUUUGCAUUGGCAGACAAUCCUGCAGUCGGCCACAAAGUUUCUCUCUUCUCAACCUCUGGACAUCUCCUAUCUGAAUGGGAGGGCUCGGCAGUGCGCACACUGCCUUUCCAGGACAGCAUUAUCUCUGCGAUGGAGUUCUGCGGGUAUGGAGACCAUCAAUACCUGGCUACAGCUGCCGAAAAUGUGGUCUCCAUCUUGUCAUUGAGACAUUUGCAGCCCAUGAAGGUCUUAGUGCAGUCCAUUCUUGUGACGAGAGACAUCUUUUACGUUGACUGCUGGCGUCUCAACGAAAGUGGUGACUAUGAAGCCCAAACUACUCCGUAUGCCCCUUACUCUGUAGUUGGAGUGAACAGCUCCUUUGCAUUGACACCUUGUGACAUCCCCUUCAUGGCCUGUUCCCAUCAUGGGUAUAUUGCCGUUGUAUGCUCUCUGACUCCCACGACAGUGUGGAUCUGGAGUAUACAGGAUGAUGCCCCUGUUGUUCAUACUGUUCUGUGCCAUGACUCUGAACACACAAUCACGGCAUUAUCAUGGCACCCUGACCAGGCCGUGUUGAUGAUUCAAUUCGGGCACAUAUCCUCCGUCUGGGACAUGCCUGCUGCUUCGGGUAAACAUAUGCCCUACCGUGUCAAGUGGUUACCUCGAGGUAUGCUUCUCUACGAUGGUCAAGAGUUUGGACUGGCUUGA